AGGCACUAGCAAGCUGGGCAAGCGGGACAAAAGCGCGGCCAACAAUGGGUCGCUGACCGAUUUCGACUGAUCAUAUAGCGCAAAAUAUUGGCACGAACGCGCCGGACAAGCUGCUCCAGUCGCCGUUGCAGGCACGGCUGCAAAAGCCAGCCCUAGGCCACCGGCAGUCCCAUGGGCCUCACCUGCGCCAAGGCCGACGUGAAGACGCAAGCACCCCUUGAGGAGACCGAGGACGCCCAGGAUCGUAGUGAUGAGCUCCUCGAGCGGUGGCGGUCCGGCGAGCUCGCGCACCUGCAGCGCGUGUACCGGCGCCACGCGCGGCCGCCACAAACCCUGGACAGGGAUGGACUGGUAGCAGCUUUAGAGUUGGAGGACCACGCCCACACGGAUACUCUGUAUGAGUUGUUCGGGACCGGUUCCUGUCGCGACUUCUGUCGAACGCUGAGCUGGUGGUGUAGGGGCGACGCCUCAGAAAGGAGGAGCUUCUUGUUUUGCUGGUUCGCCAUCUCAUCCACAGCCGACAAGGACGCGUUGGUCGGAGGCGACGCGUCAUCCGCAGAGCUCCCGAAGAACAUGUUGGGUGCCCUCUGUGCUUUGCUCGAAACGCCGCCGCCCUACCACCUCUGCGCCAAAGGUACAGUAAGUUGGCGCAAGUUCGACGGUUGGGCGCGGACGUUGUCUGACGAGCAGGUCUGGGCCGCGCUACCUUUAUCCAUAGUGUCCCAACCGGAGACGGAGCGGGCGCUGGUCCUCGAGCAUUGGCACGAGGGUAGUCCAGGAGAUGUCUACCACGUGAUUCCCAGGAGGUGGUGGGACUCCUGGUGUGCUUAUGUGGGCUGGUCGAAUUUAACACCACCCGCACCCGGCGCACGUUUGACCGUGAAGCCCGCCGGCGCAUCGUCUGGUGUAAGGCCGCGCGACGUCGACGCGUCUUCAUUAGAAUCCGAUCGAGACGGCGCACUCAGAGCCAAGAUAGAUAUAGCUUGCGUUCCCGUUGAUGUGUGGCGGCUCUUCGAGCAGUGGUACGGCGGCGGGCCGCUCUUCCCGCGACGGUUGCAAGAGGACGGGGCGUUGGAUCUGUACCCCGUCUCCGUUUUUAUCGACGAGUGCGAUGCGAACGGCCGGCCGCGGAACGCCUUUACGGCUAGACGAGCGGAUCGGAAGGAGACGGUACAAACUUUUGCGAGGCGCCUCUCUGAUGGUAAUUCGCGCCUCUACGCGACGUCGCCGACGGGCUGGCGCCGCUUGACACCUUCAUCGAGAUGUGACGAGGUGCUCGAGGCUGGUAGCACGUAUCUGCUCGAGACGAAGAUUGAGGGAGUCUGGCCCCGCGCGUCGUCACGAUACGUUGUGGGUGACAGAGUAUCAGCAAGGGACCACACGGAGCGGUGGCGCAGCGGUAAAGUCAUAGCGGUGUCCGAGACGCGGGGCGUCAAAGUGCGUUUCGACAGUUUUAGUAGCAAGUGGGACGAGUGGCUCACAAGCGAUCGGUUGCGACGAGAGGAUGUGGAUAUUGACGACGUGUCGUUAUCGGAGGACGAAGAAGAGAGGCCCUCUUUACUUAAGGGUGCCGUGUCUUCGCUCAGACGAGUGCUCGGCUCCAAUGAGGAGGAAGAGGAGGAAACGAGACGGCUGCCGGCCACCGGUCUCGCGAACCUGGGAAAUACGUGUUUCCUGAACGCGGCGGUGCAGUGCCUGUCGCACGCUCCUAUCUUGCGGGCGUAUUGUCUUUCUGAGAUGUAUGCACAAGACAUCAAUCGGACGUCGCGACUGGGCUCGCAGGGCCGCGUCGUCGAGGCGUUCGCCGACUUACUGAGGCAGCUCCACGCUUCACAAAUUUGCGUCCGCCCCGAAGGCUUCAAGAAGGUGCUCGGAAAAUGUAAGCCCCAAUUUGCGGGCUCGGAGCAGCAGGACUCCCAGGAAUUUCUCACCGUGCGGGCGCGGCGUCCGUCUUCGUGAUCACAUGAGAGUCUACGCGCCUCGCGGUCGCGUCGAUGGCGUCGAUGCGGACGCGAUGCCUCGACGCCGUCGACGCCGUCUUCAUGAUCAUCAGAGAGUCGAUGUGUCUCGUGGAUGUCCAGAGGCAGCGUCGCGAUUGUAUAUGUUCCACGCAGGAGCUGUUAGAUGUCUUACAUGAGGACGUCAACCUCAUCCAGGAGAAGCCCUACGUGCCGGAGCCCGAGGAUGCGGACGAGGCCCGCGACGGCUUGGUGGUCGCGGCGCGCGACGCGUUACGUCGCAGUCGCUUGCGAGACAAGUCGUUAAUCAGCGACCUCUUCCAGGGCCAGCUCGUCGCCAAGAAGACGUGCAAGGUCUGCGCGCGGUCGUCCGUCAAAUUCGAACCGUUUACGUCUUUGUCCUUGCCGGUACUGACUCGGCGUCUGUUUCUGUGGUUUUCUGAACUUCAAGUUCGCGUCGAUGGCGUCGGCGCGACGUCACGCCGCCGCGGCGCCGUCGACGGGGCCGUGCGAGCGUCUCGUGAAGAGCCACGGCAGUUUCGUGAGUGUCGUUCGACGCAGGUCCCGGCGCCCGCUUCUCGCUCCUUCGUCGUCGCUGUCCUGCGCCUCGCGAAGCACGCCAACGGCCACCCCUCGCUUACCGUCAGGGUCGAGGCGCCUCGGUUAGGGGAUGUGCGGGACCUGAAGAGUGCGAUCGCGGCCGAAGUCAAGCUCACUCCGGACAGUUUGACGCUGUGCGACGUGGCCAGACACCGGAUCUACCGCGUCCUGGACGAGGACACGCUACCCUUGGGAGCGUUGGGCGACUUUCCGCAAGUGACGGACGCGUCGAAACGCCUACUGAUUGCGUACGAGCGGCCUCAGCUCGAACUCGCGAAAACACCAAGCAUAGACUUUCCCUCGUCGUUUGAAGAACUAGCCGUCGGGCAGCGCCUCGACGCUUUAGAUCAUAAGCGCCAGUGGUACGUCGGGACCGUGGUUGAUGAUACCGAGCCGUGCCGAGACAAGAAUUUCGGGAAACCAGGCUACAUACGUAUUAGAUUUGACCGCUUCUCGGCGAAGUGGGACGAGUGCUUCUGUCGUGAUGACUGGCCGGCCAAACUCCAGCCGCCGUACAGCAAGUCCAAGGGCAACCGGCUGGCGGCCUUCGAGAUAGGUGUCGUCCACCGGCGACGCGCGGCGUUUUGAGGCGUUGCGGCGCCUUCACGUUGUUGCUGGGACUCGUAUCAUGUUGUGGGUCGUUUCUUUGUCGAAUUUGAGUGAAUUCGGACCGCGUCGGGGCCGUCGCGGCGCGUCGGAGAGACCGCAUUCAUGAAGAUGGCGUCUUCACGAGACCGCGGCGCCUCCACGCCGUCGUCGUGAUCCCACGAGGGUCUCCGUGGUCCUCAGGACGCCGUCGACGCGCUGCCACGUCGGACCGCGUCGAGCGACCGCGAUGCUCCGCGCAGGUCGCCGAAGAAAGGCUUAUUUGGGACGCCGUUUCUCGCACGCGUCGCCUCUGAUAGGUCGUGUCGCGCGCUGAAGCGGGCCGUGCUGCGACAGGCCUCUCUCUAUGGUUAUGAGGGCUCCGUCUCCGUGAUAUCGCGGGACUCGUUGUCAGACGUUGAUAUUGACCUCGACGCGUCCGAUUCGUGCCGCUGCCUCGCAGAUAGAUUUUACAUAGCGUUGAAUUGGGACUCGUCUUCUACCUACCGGGAGCCCCUCUCUUUGCAGAAAUUGCCACCGGUACCGACAAGUCCGAGGCACUACGACCUCGCGUCCUGUCUACAAUCAUUUUCAAGAGAAGAAACGCUGUCUCAAAAUGAUUCGUGGCGCUGCCCGCGAUGCAAGAAGUCUGUGGAGGCUACUUCCUCAAUAGGUUUGUGGCGCACGCCUGAUGUAUUAGUUAUUCAUUUGAAGCGGUUCCUGUGCACCGCGCGCUGGCGAGAAAAGUUGCGGACGGACGUCUCGUUUCCGAGACGAGGCUUGGACCUCUCCAAGUUCUUACCGGCGGAUGCCUACGCGGUCUACGACCUGUUUGGCGUCAUCAACCAUCUCGGGUCACUGAGUGGUGGGCACUAUACCGCUCAUGUCAAGGUGUCGCCCUGUUCGUCGUUCGGGGAGGAGGAGGCGUCUAUUGCGUUUGAGGAGAGUGAGAGGUGGUUCCAUGUCGAUGAUGAUUUGGUCGAAGCGGCCAAACCAGAGGACGUCGUCACGGACGGGGCCUACGUCCUGUUUUAUAGAAGAAGGCGGCUUUCCGGAAGGUUGGUGGUCGGCCACACGGCGGUCGGGCCGGUGGCGGCGGGGGUGUAACGAUAUAGUUGUGUGUGUC